UUGUCGUGCGAAGCUGGGAAGAGGGCGUUUGUUUGCAGAGCAGAGCUGACAUCAAAGUGUAGAUUACUGCUCAGUGGCUGGGCGCUUGUCCUAUACCAGGAUAAUGUAAACGUUUUUUUGAAAGCUUGUGAACAGAUUGGAUUGAAAGAAGCCCAGCUUUUCCAUCCUGGGGACCUACAGGAUUUAUCGAAUCGAGUCAAUGUCAAGCAAGAAGAGACUGAUAGGAGAGUGAAAAAUGUUUUGAUAACAUUGUACUGGCUGGGAAGAAAAGCGCAGAGUAAUCCUUACUACAAUGGUCCCUGUCUUAAUUUGAAAGCAUUUGAGAAUCUUUUAGGACAAGCUCUGAGUAAGGCACUUGAAGACGCUGGCUGCUUGAACAGAGGUGGGCAGGGCAGUGGUUAUAGUAAUAUCUGGUGUCCCAACCAGGGAGAAUUUCCUGCCCUUCCAGGCAGCCAUAAGAGGGAAGAUUCCUUUGAAAGCUUAGAUUCCUUGGGGUCUAGGUCACUGACCAGCUACUGCUCCGAUAGCACACUGAGAGGAGGACUUGAAGGUUGUGAAAGUGACACAGAUUCGGAAUUUACUUUCAAAAUGCAGGAUUAUAACAAAGAUGAUAUGUCCUAUCGAAGGAUUUCAGCCAUUGAACCAAAGUCUGCUUUACCAUUCAAUCGUUUUUUACCGAAUAAAAGCAGACAGCCUUCCUAUGUGCCGGCACCCUUGAGGAAGAAAAAGCCAGAUAAAAAUGAGAACAACCGAAGAAGUUGGGCAAGCCCGCUCUAUACGGACUCAGAUGGGACAUUUUCAAGUGAUUCAGAUGGUGAGAAUGAACGAAAGUUGCCAGACGUGAUUUUGGAUGACCUAGCCAACCGUAGAUUCCAAGUGAAAACGAGGCCCGAGAGUUUCAUCUCAAAAUCCACCUCUCCCAACUCUUGUCUGCAAAUAUUUUCUCCUGAUACAUUAGCCAGUGGGCUAUACACACUGACAAGUAACCAGAGGAGGACUUGGGGCACCAUUGUGCAAAACUGGUCAGCAGUUCGAGGAUCUCCAAACUCUUCUUAUUUGGAAGAGGAAGAAGAAAAGUCAACAGGCCUACCCAACAUUGUAAAGGAUGAUCUUUAUGUGCGAAAGCUAAGUCCAAUCAUACCAAACCCAGGGAAUUCAUUUGAUCAGUUUCUUCCCAAAUGCUGGACUCCAGAAGAUGUGAACUGGAAAAGAAUAAAAAGGGAAACUUAUAAACCAUGGUAUAAAGAAUUUCAGGGAUUCAGUAGGAAUUCAGAUUCUGAGGAUGAGGACUCAGGCUCUGACAGAAGCGUCACGAUUUUUAAUAGAAUACAGAAGGCAGAGAAUAGGAUAGACAGCAACUGCCAAAGACCUUCACACUUGCUGGAACUAGCUGCCAAACGGGCCAUCAGAUCCCAGGACACCCAUACAGCCAGGAGCAUCAGUGGUGCUUCAGAUGAGCCCAGUCAGUUCUUAUUACUUCAGGCACUGCAAACAUACUCUGAUGACAUCUUGUCUUCUGAAACAAAUAUCAAAAUUAAUCCCACUUCUGGUCCAAGGCUCAUAACACGCAGAAAGAAUCUCUCUCAUGCACCAGGCAGUGGAAAAGAUGACCUUGACAUGCCAGCUCUGGAUCCUGACUUAGAGAAUGAUGAUUUCUUUGUCAGAAAAACUGGGGCUUUCCAUGCAAAUCCAUGUGUUCUUCGAGCUUUCGAAGACUUCAGAAGAUUCUCUGAGCAAGAUGAUCCUGUAGAGCGAGAUAUAAUUUUGCAAUCUAGAGAAGGUGAACUUGUACUGCCAGAUUUAGAAAAAGAUGAUAUGAUUGUCCGCCGAAUUCCAGCGCAGAAAAAAGAAGUGCCUCUCUCCGGGGCCCCAGAUAAAUACCAGCCAGUCCCUUUCCCUGACCCCUGGACUCUGCCUCCAGAACUCCAAGCCAAAUUUCUCUGUGUACUUGAAAGAACGUGUCCAUCCAAAGAAAAAAGUAAUAGCUGCAGAAUAUUAGUUCCUUCCUAUCAGCGGAAGAAAGAUGACAUGUUGAUGCGUAAGAUCCAGUCUUGGAAACUGGGCACCACGGUGCCUCCCAUUGCUUUCACCCCUGGUCCCUGCAGUGAGGCUGACUUACAGAAGUGGGAGGCCAUCCGCGAGGCCAGCCGGCUCAGGCACAAGAAGAGGCUAAUGGUUGAGAGACUCUUUCAAAAGAUUUAUGGUGAGAAUGGGAGCAAGUCCAUGAGUGAUGUCAGCCCAGAGGAUGUUCGGCACUUGCGUCAGCUGCGUUAUGAGGAGAUGCAGAAAAUAAAAAGUGAAUUAAAAGAACAAGAUCAGAAAUGGCAAGAUGACCUUGCAAAAUGGAAAGAUCGUCGGAGAAGUUACACUUCAGACCUGCAGAAGAAGAAAGAAGAGAGGGAAGAAAUUGAAAAGCAGGCACUCGAGAAGUCUGAGAGAAGCUCCAAGACGUUUAAGGAAAUGCUGCAGGACAGGGAAUCCCUUGAUCAGAAGCCUCCCAUGACGUGGAGGAGGAGAAUGUACUCUUCUGAUGACGUAUUGCAUGAUGAAGAGCUACCUGCUGCCCUGACUCUGUCAGAAGCCAGCUACCAGAGUGAGAGAGCCGGAGAGAAGGAAACAACUUACCCCCCUGAAAUUCCUAAGGAAGAGCCGACAACUUUUAGAAAAAGACAGGACAAUGGCGGCACUGCUGAAAUUCAACUUCCUUCUAAAAGCCUUGCAGAAGAACAGCACCCAGCCUCUUUGUCUUCUCAGCAUUCACUGAGUACACAAAUGGAGCUGACUCGAAUUUCAGCUUCUCUCCCCAGAAGUUACCAGAAAACUGAUACAGCCAGGUUAACAUCUGUGGUCACACCGAGACCUUUUGGCACGCAGUCAAGGGGGAUCUCACCACUCCCCAGAAGUUAUACGAUGGAUGCUGGUUGGAGGUAUAAUGGAGAUGGCGAAGGUGUGAAGACAGCUGAAAACAGCUCAGUCAGCCUCCCUGCCCUAAAGGCUGACACCAGCCAGCUUGGUUCAAGCUUGCCCAGUGAGAGGGAGGCAGUUACAGGAGAAGGUGUGGUGAGGUUGCCCGCUUCUACAUCCACCCUCUCAUCUCUUUCCCAAGACCUGGCUGCCCCUUCUAAAGACACGCUCUCUUUGACAUCCGGGCCAAAUUUAAUGUCUGAAUUUGAAGAAGGCAAACGCUCAUCACACAGAGAGACCUCAGAGUCCCAGGAUCAGUUCAGUGAUAUGAGAAUCAGCAUAAACCAGACGCCUGGGAACAGCCUUGACUUUGGGUUUACAAUAAAAUGGGAUUAUUCCGGGAUCUUCGUAGCAUCAGUUGAAGCAGGUGGCCCAGCAGAAUUUUCUCAGCUACAGGUAGAUGAUGAAAUUAUUGCUGUUAACAACACUAAGUUUUCAUAUAAGGAUACAAAAGAGUGGGAAGAAACCAUGGCUAGUGCUCGAGAAACUGGAAACCUAGUGCUAGAUAUCAGGCGUUAUGGAAAGUCUGACUGGGGCAAAGACCAACCUUUCCUGCCAUUUACACGGCAUAAAACCCUCAAUCUCACCAGUGUGGCUACCAAAAUUAUAGGUUCACCUGAAACCAAGUGGAUUGAUACAACUUCGGGAAUUUACAAUUCAGACAAGUCUUCAAAUCUUUCAGUAACAACUGAUUUCUCUGAAAGCCUCCAGAGUCCUUAUACUGAAUCUGAAGAAAUCAAUGGAAUUCAUGAUGAAAGCAACAAUUUUGAAUCGAAAACAUCUGAAUCCAUUUCUUUGAAAAACUUAAAAAGGCGAUCACAAUUUUUUGAACAAGGGUCGUCAGGCUUUUUUUACAGUUCAUGGGUCUACCUCUGUGGAAGCUCUGAUUCUGUGGUUCCUGAUCUUCCAGUUCCGACCGUCAGCACCCCAAGUCGCUGGGCAUGGGAUCAAGAGGAGGAGCGAAGGCGGCAGGAGAGGUGGCAGAAGGAGCAGGACCGCCUGCUGCAGGAAAAAUACCAACGUGAGCAGGAGAAACUGAGAGAAGAGUGGCAAAGGGCUAAACAGGAGGCCGAGAGAGAGAACUCCAAGUACUUGGAUGAGGAACUGAUGGUCCUAAACUCAAACAGCAUCUCUCUGACCCAGCGGGAGCCUGCCGUGGGCAGCUGGGAAGCCACAUGGAGUGAAGGGUCCAAGUCUUCUGACAGGGAAGGAACCCGAGCAGGAGAGGAGAAGCAGCAGCAGGAAGCAGAUGUGACUGCUGGGGACCGAAGCCCAAAGCAGCAGGAGCAGCUCAUUCUUGAGAGGGAGCAGCGAUCCCUGGAAGAGCAGGAGGAGAGGCGCCUUGAGGCCGAGUCUGAGGCACAGAAGCACCGGGUUGAGCAGAAGCACCAAGCUGAGAAAGAGAGGGAGACUUCAGUCAGAAUAUAUCAGUAUAGGAGACCUGUUGAUUCCUAUGAUAUACCAAAGAGAGAGGAAGAAGAACUUUCAAGUUUGCUUCCAAAUGACAGGAAUAAAUCCAUAUCUACUACUCAACUGGAUGAUUACUCCACAAAUAAAAAUGGAAGCAACAAAUACAUAGACCAAAUAGAAAGUGCUACGUUUUCACAGAGGAGUUCCAAGAAAGAUCAAGGCCCCUCGGGAGCAGAGCUGGAGAGACAGCAAAUCCUGCAGGAGAUGAGGAAGAGAACCUCGCUCCACAAUGACAACAGCUGGAUCCGGCAGCGCAGCUCCAGCGUGAACAAGGAACCUAUCUGCCUGCCUGGAAUCAUGCGGAGAGGGGAAUCUCUAGAUAACCUGGACUCCCCGCGGUCCAGUUCUUGGAGACAAUCCCCUUGGCUCACUCAGUCUUCGGGAGUCUACACUUCUUCCUCCGUUCAAGACUGUAGUCGCUCAUCUCCUCAGUUCCUGUCCACAUCAAACCGUGCCUACAUGCGAAACCCUUCCUCCAGUGUGGUCCCUCCCUCUGGCCCAGUGAAGACGGUUACCUCUUCUGGUGUAGCCACUACCCGAUCCGCCACCCUGCCCAGCCAUUCUCCUUCGACUUCGCAGCCAGGCUCUCAGCUCCGCAACAGGUCAGUCAGUGGGAAGCGCGUGUGCUCCUACUGUAAUAACAUUCUGGGCAAAGGAGCUGCCAUGAUCAUCGAGUCCCUGGGGCUUUGUUAUCAUUUACAUUGUUUUAAGUGUGUGUCCUGUGAGUGCGACCUGGGAGGCUCUUCCGCAGGAGCUGAAGUCAGAAUCCGAAACCACCAGCUGUACUGCAACAACUGCUAUCUCAGACUCAAAUCUGGACGGCCAACCGCCAUGUGAUGCAAAGCUGCAUUCGAAAGCACUGUUGCAGAUAGAAGAAGAGGUGGUUGCUGCUGAUGUAGAUCUAUAAAUACAUGUUGUCUGCCUUUUUUGCUUUGUAUUUUUUAAAAAAAUAACUCUUGAGAGGCUUCAUUAGACUAUCUGGGAACAUUGUAGUGUUGGUAGAACCUGUAUUUUUGUUGUGGAUAAGAAGGAAACUUUGGGCGGGUGGGGGGGGGAAGUGCAGUAUUUGCUUACUGAACUUAGCAUCUGAACAGCACAAGAGAAAAAGAAUUUAAAAAUAUUUUUGAGGUGGAUAAUGAUUUAGUUUGACUUUAGUGGGGUUUUGAGGAGGGUAUUUUAUUGUUUGUUUUUUUUAAAGUUCUCAUUUGGAAUAGUUACUAUAAAUAUGUAAUUGCAUCUAUUCAGUUUAUUGUAAUGUAUACUAAGUUAAUGCAAAAGCAUAUGAAAAUUUUCACUUAAAUCUGUCCCUAAAUUUGCUUUGUGCAUCCUUUUCACUUAUGUAAUAUGAUGACAAAAUAUUUAGUUUAUGUAACAUUUAUGUGCUCGAUGAUGGGCGCUCUACUUUCUUCACCAGAACUUUUGCUAAGCAAUUCCCAGUAGAAACCCUUUUCAUUAGUGGGAAAUAACCACGGCUCACACACUGAAGGAGGUUUUCUCCAGAAACUAAUGAGCUUUUCUGUUCAGCUGCAUUUGUAAAUAAACUUGCUGAUGCGUUUAAAGAGUG